AUGAUGAAUAACGAAGCAGCAAUACCCGAGACUUUAGAAUAUGUCACGGAAAAUGAAACUGAACCAGUCGUUGUUCAACAACAUCGCUUGAGUUCAAUCAUGCCAAUUGUAGUCUUUUCAUAUAUCGGCGUUUUGAUUCGUCUUGGUCUCGCAUUCCUUGGAAACAAUCAAGUACCUAUGAAUGCGGCUUUUUGGCCGAAUUUCGUCGGAUGUUUUAUCAUGGGUUUUGUAGUCGAACAGAAAAUACACAUUCAAAACCAUUUCUCACAGCUCUAUAUCGGUUUAACUACUGGUUUAUGUGGAUCAAUUACGACAUUUUCUGGUCUAAUGUACAAUUCGUGCGUAGCAUUAUUUGGUCCAUCGAAUGAUCUUACUUAUCCUAUAUCGAACUUUUUAACCGUGUUAAUUGCUGCUCUUUCAGCAUCAUUCGUCGGAUUUACUGUCGGACGUCAUAUAAGUGCAUUUCUCCUUCCACCCUCACCGGAAUUAACAAAACGAGUUCGAUAUUUCAAUAGUCACGUACGAAUCUGGCUUUUUCCAAUUCUUACAUUGUUAAGCAUUCCACUAUUAAUUCUUCUCGCUGUUCUCUUACCUGUUAGUAAAUAUACUUAUUUUAUUUAUUCGGUCAUAUUCGCACCAUUCGGUUCACUGACUCGCUAUGCAUUAUCAGUUCUAUUUAAUUUCAACCCGAAUUUUCCUCUUGGCACAUUAAUUGCUAAUAUUCUCGGUUCAUAUAUUUACUUCGGCAUGGUUGCAAUUAAUCAAUAUGUUUAUUCGUUAUCUCCUCUCUCGAAACACGUUGUCACCAGUGUAAUUCAAGGUUAUAGCGGAUGUCUAACAACGAUUUCGACUUUUAUACUUGAACUAGACACAAUAAAGAAACGGAAAUAUGUUUAUCUUUAUUUUACAAUGAGUGUGUUGCUUGUUCAACUAGUUUUUGUAAUUCUAGGUGAUCUUUUUUCGUUUAUUUGUUCACCAGUGUCCUAA